UGUUUUAUUUAUUAUUAUUUUUUCGUAAUUUUAAAGAUACUCCGGAAUAGUAAAGUAAAAUGCUUACUAAUUAACAAUGCUUUCUUAGUUUAAAAUUUUAGAUUUAUUUUAAAUACCUACUUAUAAAAGAAGUAUGUAGAGCAUAUACGUUACUCUAAAAAGCAGACGAUUUUACUCUUGCUAUUACUAACUUAAAUGGCCAGUAAUGUUACCGAAAAGUAUAUUUUGUGAUUGGGAAAAUGAGAAAUUGGCAGUAUGUUCUGGUUGGUUACUUAUGUGAUACAAAUCAGGAAUCUCUAUUUUUCCUGAAAACUUCUAAACACUCAGAUCAAUGACUUCAAACUAAGUAAAAGCCAGUGUCUUCUCAAGGAUGGCAACUUCUAUACAAGCCUGCUUUCCUAGCAGCUGCAAGAAUCAGCAUCAAAUAAAAACUGUUUCUAAAAGUCCUAAUGUAGUUCGUCGUUCUAGUAUGCGACAGCAAAAUGCAGCUAAUAGAAGAAGUGCUGUUGAAAGGUUGGAAGAAAGCAAAGCUAAUUAUGUGAAAUCGGAACGUGUGCUGGACACAAAGCAGGAAUUUAAAAGUAGUUCACAUCUCUGCAUUAGCACUGGCCCUCAGUUAGACAUAUUAUUUAAACAACCACCUCCAAAAGUUCCACCUGAUUGUGUGAAAGCUUUUAAUACAUCUGAUGAAGUAAAAGUUUCAUAUUUAAGACUCCAACCUCAGUCUUCUCAAACUAAUAAGUCACCUCCUACUUUACGGGCCAGAGCUAAGUCACAUUCUGAAUCUAGAGAGUCUCAAAUAACUCGCAAGCAUUCUUUUGCUAGCCAAGGAGGUAGGCAUCACAGAAUUGAAGUUCUUAUCGAUAUUGAGUCACAGCUCAAACGCCUUAUUGUGUCAGGUUCUAGAGAGAACAUUUCUGUUUCACAAGACUCUGUUAACUUUGGUACUGCUCAAGCAGAAGUGACGCCCAAAGUCUGUAGAAUUUCCGAAGUACCUAAAGUGAGAAGGGGUUAUUCUGAUCCUGUUAGAAAAAGUUGUUGGGUUCAACAAGACCUUUCGCCAGACUGUUGUAUUCAUAAAAGCAUGCCAGAUUUGUCACCAUGUAAUGCUCAAAUUCCUUGCUCCAGUUUAUCAACAGUUGGUAAUUCUAUUAAAGUACUUGCUCCUGAAAGUUGUGAAUCUGUUACGUAUGCUGUUCCAAAGUGGAAUGCUGUACCUGUAAUUAAAACUGAGCCUGAUCUGGAUGUUACUGAUUCUUAUCAAGAACCCAGAAGGUUUUCCAACGGAACAGGAGUUUUACACCUUACCCCUUACUAUUCGCCUUCAAGUCCACUUAGAAGGCCUGUGAGCCGCUCUAAAUCGGAUGUUUCUCAUAGAUACACUAAAAGGUCUUCGGAAUAUUUUCCUCGUAGAAAUAAUUACACAUCUGCAGAAAUAGAAAGGUUUUUCGAUACAAUGGGACUUGAUGCUACUGCUUGGCAUCAUAUCACAUCACCAUCACUAGUUUCUAGUCCCCCAUGCUUUUUUGAAAGUAUAAGUUCAGUUGAUUCAAAUGAAGUAAGAUCAAGUGUCUGCAGUGAUGAUUCUAUAGCAGAUGUACCAAAGGAAGGCCUCCGAAAUCAUGAUCUUAGAAUUCAUGGACCCUUGGAAACUUCUAUAGUUGAAAAGAAUGCCCGUGUUAUCAAAUGGUUGUAUAAUUGUAGGAAAGCUGCAUAUGAAUCGUGACUACUUGUACAUAAUUAUGUUUUUUUCCAUGUCUUUCAUAAGGUUCAUUUGGUGCUUCAUUUGCUGGCUACUAAGAAGACCUAAUGCCUUACACCAAAAACUGUUUCAUAUUUUAAGUGGAUGCACAAAAUUUUCAUUGUUCUGCCAGGUGCAGAAUUACUAAGAUCAUUGCUCAUUUUUUGUGAUAAAUGUGUUAUUCGACACAUGUACUUAAUGCAAAUGUCUUUUGUAAAGGCCCUUUAUCAAUAAUGCAUGGUGUUUUAAAUUAACAUUCUCCAUUUAAUGAUCAUAAAUUUACUCUUCCCCUGUUAAUCCUUUUUAUAUUUUCUUCCAUAACUAUUUUCAUAUUUAUGAUUGUUGCUUGUUUUAGUAACUUCCUGCAUAUCAUUUUCAACGUAUUUCGUUAGAACUUUUUUCUAAAAGCAAUAUAAAGCAAUAUUUUGAAUUUUAAUUUCAUUCAGAGCCAAAAGUACUUGAUUUAAUAGCAUUAUUAUACUAUACUGGUCACUAUAGUAAUAUUUGAUUGGGAGUUAGUUAUGUUAAAUUAAAAGUUUACUCUUUUAUUAAUACUGUGAGUUUUUAAUUGGAAUAUGUUGAUAAAGAAAAUAGAAAUCAAUAAGUAGUAAAUCAAGCUCAAUUAAUGAUUUUAUAUGUAUUUGUUACAUUUAUUACAUGUUACAGUCAUUUUAAAUUAAUUAUA